ACAGCCAAAUAGGCUAAUACCAAAAUAACAAUCAUUCAUUAUUUUAACAACCAUAGUGUAUGACCAUACAUAAAUUUUCAAAUACGUUUAGCAUUUAGCCAUUCAAAAAUGGCCCCAAAAUUGCUUUUACUGUCAUUUAUAAUUUUCUUCUGCUAUGUAAAUGGAAGUCCAGCUCAAUGGAUGGAUAUAGCUGAUGAAGCAUUAGACAGUUUUAAAAAUGGUACCGGAGAAGUAAUUGCAUCAUUAUUCCACAAAGGUCAUAAAAAAUCAUCAAGAAAGAACAUUAAACAUAGAAAAAACAUGGGUGAGCAAAAUAAUUCAGAACACCUUACUCUACAAAUGACAACUCCUACUCCAGGUUAUUUUGGAAGUAGUUCAGAAAAUGUGGGUGUAACUGGCACUCCAACAGAUAUUUAUUAUACAGGAAGUGGAUCAGAAGAUGUGGGUAACACUGGCACUCCAACAACAAUGGAUUAUUCUGGAAGUGGAUCAGAGGAUGUGGAUGUAACUGGCACUCCAACAGAAAUUCAUUAUACAGGAAGUAGAUUAGAAGAUGUGGAUGUAACUAGCACUCCAACAGAAAUUUAUUAUACAGGAAGUGGAUCAGAAGACGUGGGUAUCACUGGCACUCCAACAACAAUGGAUUAUUCUGGAAGUAGAUCAGAAGAUGUGGAUGUAACUGGCACUCUAACAGAAAUUUAUCAUACAGGAAGUGGAUCAGAAGAUGUAGAUGUAACUGGCAAUCCAACAGCAAUGGAUUAUUCUGGAAGUGGAUCAGAGGAUGUGGAUGUAACUGGCACUCCAACAGAAACGUAUUAUACAGGAAGUGGAUCAGAAGAUGUGGGCACCACUGGCACUCCAACAACAAUGGAUUAUUCUGGAAGUGGUUCAGAAGAUGUGGAUGUAACUGGCACUCCAACAGAAACGUAUUAUACAGGAAGUGGAUCAGAAGAUGUGGGUACCACUGGCACUCCAACAACAAUGGAUUAUUCUGGAAGUGGAUCAGAAGAUGUCGAUGUAUCUGGCACUCCAACAGAAACGUAUUAUACAGGAAGAGGAUCAGAAGAUGUGGAUCUAACUGGCACUCCAACAGAAACGUAUUAUACAGGAAGUGGAUCAGAAGAUGUGGGCACCACUGGCACUCCAACAACAAUGGAUUAUUCUGGAAGUGGUUCAGAAGAUGUCGAUGUAACUGGCACUCCAACAGAAACAUAUUAUACAGGAAGUGGAUCAGAAGAUCCGACAGUAAUAGAUUAUUCCGGAAGUGGUUCAACUGAUUCAGGUAUAACUAAUACUCUUGACACAAUUGCUUAUUCAACAAGUUAUUCAGAAGAAAACACUGUAACCAAUACUCUUGGACAUGAUGAAAUAGUAGUAAGCACCACUACACCAUACCCUUUUAGUGAAUCCGAGUAUGUAACAGUAACAGAGGUACAAGAGAUCUUAUCAGAAAUGGAAACCAAUAAACUAAUAGAGAGAAAAAUAAUCGAAGCUAUGAAUGAAUUUUCUUCAAAUUGUAACAUUUACAAUCCAAUAAAACUAUCUGUGAAAGACUUUAGACCUCCUUCCCUACACAGGUUACGUUUGGAUAAUGCAGAUGCAAUUUUCACAAAUUUAAGGGUCUGGGAAUCGGAUAAUGAGGACCAAGAAUGGAAAAAUUAUUCUACAACAAUAGGUUGUGAUUCAUCAAAUACUAUUAAGGUUCAAGUAUCAAUACCUCCUAAAAUUACAAUUGCAGCUGACAUACACAUAAUUAAUUCGUUGGAUGAAGUUAUAAAAAAGGGAACAAUUUCAUUAACGACCAAAGGUGUCAACAUAAUGAAACAAUAUAUUGUCAAAGAUGAAGCUAAUGGUAUUAUGGAAGAAAUGCAAUCUUCAAAUAACUCAACCCCUGCAUUAGCUUUUGAGAAAUCAGAGGUAGCUCUAUCUAUAGAUACACUCUAUCAAAUACCAAUUUACCAGCGACUAAAUGCUUUCUUAGACGAACUAAAGCCAUUACAAGAAUACUACGCAAACCAAUUGAAAGUAUUAAUGAAGAAAAACGAUAUCUCGCUCGGAAAAAGUUGUUCCAAAAUAUUCCACAUGGAGGAAGCUCGUACCCCAUUAGACUCCUGGAAUGGUACCAGUCUUAAAGAACUAUACAUAAUACCAGAUGUAAAAUUCAACACGUGGAAAGGGAAAUCGCUCAGCGCUGGGCCAAUUUUGAUCGACGGAUUAUUAAAUUUCAAACGCAGCGAAUUCGUAGUCAUCAAACCGGAACCUCGUCAUAAUAUUCUAUUUCAUCUACCACCACAGAAUGAAGUAAUCAAACGAAUCAGAACUGAGAAUUUGAGGGGCAAAUUCGAAUGGGAAUACCGUUUAAAGAAAAACGUUCUACCAUUCACGAUCGAUUACGUUGAUUUUGAAAGUAUUUUCCGCAAGAUAGGAGGGCACCCGAGUAUUCUGCCACACAACAUCGAAAAAAGUAUAAAUGUAGCAGUGGGAACGGUGGAAGUUCACGGAUCUCAAUCAAGAGCUUGUGAAAAUGAAAAUCAUUUCGCCAACUUCAUUCUGUCUGGAUAUUUGCAAUCUCUAAUAGAGGAUUCGCUUAAGAAUUCCAUUCAAAAUAAAUUAAUCAGGGAUUUAUCGCUAAAAAAAUGUAGUAAUUUUUAAAUUUUAGGAUCUUUAAAAGUAAUUACCUAGGUAUAGGUAGAUAAGGCAGUGGAAAGUAUUUUUUUACCUAGUACUUAAGUAAUAAAAUAUUGGAGAUAAGCGUAUUGCAUCAAGUACAUAAUAAAUACGUUCAUGGUAA